GAGGAAGCGAGCGGGAGGGGGAUGUGGUGCUGCCGCGGCCGCCACCGCAGCUGCCGCUGCCUGCUCUUUGCCGCGUCUUCCCGGAGGCGGCUGCUGGAAGCCGCCGGGAGCAGCUGUGGUGCUCUGCCAUAUUGUGUCUUCCCCUGCCCGUCCCUCUCCUCCCCGCUGAGGCGGCCGAGCAGACGAAACUGUAAGAAUAAAUGGGUCCAGUAAUUGGAAUGACUCCAGAAAAGAGAGCUGAAACUCCAGGAGCUGAAAAGGUUGCAGGAUUAAGCCAGAUUUACAAAAUGGGAAGCUUGCCUGAAGCUGUUGAUGCUGCCAGGCCAAAGGCCACUCUAGUGGACAGUGAGUCAGCAGAUGAUGAACUCACAAACUUGAACUGGCUUCAUGAAAGUACUAAUCUUCUAACAAACUUCAGCUUUGGAAGUGAGGGUCUUCCAAUUGUUAGUCCAUUGUAUGACAUAGAGGGAGAUGAUGUGCCAUCCUUAGGACCAUCUUGCUAUCAGAACCCAGAAAAAAAAUCAGCAACUGCAAAGCCCCCAUAUUCCUUUAGUCUUCUCAUUUACAUGGCCAUUGAACACUCUCCAAAUAAAUGUUUGCCUGUCAAAGAAAUUUAUAGCUGGAUUUUGGAUCGCUUCCCAUAUUUUGCUACUGCACCAACAGGCUGGAAGAAUUCUGUUCGACAUAAUCUGUCCCUGAAUAAAUGUUUUCAGAAAGUGGAAAGAAGCCAUGGCAAGGUCAAUGGAAAAGGUUCCUUAUGGUGUGUUGAUCCAGAAUAUAAACCCAACCUUAUGCAGGCACUGAAGAAGCAACCUUUUUCCUCAACAUUAACAUUUUACACCCCUCCUGCAUCUCCACAAAGUGGCUCUUUAUCACCUCAUUUCUUAAGCUCUGUACUCAAGCAGAACCAGGUGCGAACCCUUAAAGAAUCUGAUAUUGAUGCUGCCACUGCAAUGAUGCUUUUAAAUACUUCUAUAGAACAAGGCAUUUUAGAAUGUGAGAAGCCUCUUCCUCUUAAAACAGCAAUGCAAAAAAAGAGGAGUUAUGGCAAUGCAUUUAAUCAUCCCAGUAGUGUGCGAUUGCAAGAGAGUGAUUCUUUGGCCACAAGCAUUGAUCCAAAAGAAGACCACAAUUACAGUGCAAGCAGCAUGGCAGCACAGCGCUGUGCGUCCAGGUCUAGUGUGUCUUCUCUGUCCUCUGUGGAUGAGGCAUAUGAAUUUAUCCCAAAGAGCAGCCAUGUGGGAAGUGAUGGCAGUGAAGGAUUUCACAGUGAAGAAGAUACAGAUGUUGAUUAUGAAGAUGAUCCUCUUGGAGACAGUGGCUAUGCAUCACAGGCUUGUGCAGAUGCCUCUGAAAAAGGGCAGCCAGGCAAAAAGAUGCGCAAACAGUUAUGUCAAGAAAUUGAUGAGGAGCUCAAAGAGGCAGCUGGAUCUCUGCUCCACCUUGCUGGAAUCCGAACAUGUCUGGGUUCCCUAAUAAGUACUGCGAAGACACAAAAUCAAAAGCAGCGGAAAAAAUAGAAAUACUUAUUAGUGUGAAAUUAUUUUAAAGUGUGGCAAUACUCUUCUACUUAAUUCUUUACAAGGGAUAUCAAAGCCAUAAUGGACUUCUUUUGUUUUAGGGUGGGGGAGGGGUGCUAAUUACUUGUUUAUUUCACAUGUUUGUUUUAAUUUUUAUUAAAUAAUUGCUGUUAGGAUCAUGCCCAACCAUAGAUACGCUGCCAAGUCCUAAAAGCAUAAUAUUUGUGAUAAGUGUGUCUAAGAUUUGGAAAUUUUUAUAUAAGAAAAUCCACAGCCUAUGUCUUAAAACUUGUAGGAAAAAUCUUUUAUUCUGUUAAUGUGUUAAAGUGUAAGAAUUGGCAACUCUGUAACUUUUUUUCAUUUUCUUUUCCAAUCAUUUGUAAUUAACUGUAGUUGCUGAUCCAGCUAAAAAUGUUGCUGAUGUCUUUCUCACAUACUUCUCUCUGGACACAUGCAAUCCAGUAGAAUGAGAUUUGGAUUUUUUUAUUUUGUCUUAAUUUUAGUUUUUAAUUAUUUUUCGCUGAAGCGUGGACAAA